AGUGUGACAAACCAAUCAAUUCUCAAAUUCCUCCUAGAAACCUCGUCUACACCAACCCUUCAACCAAACUCCACCCUCCACCACCACCACAGCCACCAAACCAUGGCGCACAAGUGCUCCCACCAAACCAUGGCGCACAAGUGCUGCGACCACAAGGACAAGCGGAAGAAGAUCAUCCAGCGGUGCUGUGCCGGCCUCCUAAUCUUCGUCUUCAUCGUCCUCCUUAUCAUCCUCCUCGUCUGGGCCAUCCUACAGCCAAAGAAACCCCGGUUCAUCCUCCAAGACGCCACCAUCUUUUCUCUCAACGUAUCCGCCCCCAAUGUCAUCUCCACCACCGUCCAAGUCACCAUCAACUCCCGCAACCCCAACUCCAAAAUCGGCGUUUAUUACGACAAACUGGCCGUGUACGCCGCCUACCACAACCAGCAAAUUACCUACUACACAACCAUACCACCAGUUUAUCAGGGCCACAAGGACGUAAACAUCUGGUCGCCUUUUGUUUACGGUACCGACGUGCCAGUGGCGCCGUACAAUGGUCUAGCCUUGAACCAGGACAAGUCUAAUGGAGCUAUAUAUAUGAUUUUCAAGAUCAAUGGCCGUGUUAAAUGGAAAGUUGGGUCCUUCGUCUCCGGCCGGUACCACCUCCAUGUCUCCUGUCCGGCGUAUAUUCCUAUUGGAAAUAGCCGGAAUACUGGAAUUGUGGUGGGAACUGCAAUUAAGUAUCAGCUAUCACAGAGUUGUAAAGUCAGUGUGUGAUAAUCAAGAAUAAUUAUAUUCUUCUCUACAAGCAGUUAAUUAAUCUUCUGAUGAAUUGUGCAUUUUGCUGAUGAAUGAGAACUACCGACAAAGAAGGCAAAAUUACAAUUGUGAAAGAAAAUAAAAAUUGUUCCUUGAUUAGUAAAGUCAACUGAGUUUUUAGUGGGAAGUAAACGUGUUACUUUAUUUCAUAUCUUGCAUUAAAGACCGUUACUUUUGCUUUUUUAUUUUCUUAAUUGCUCUAAUAAAUUAUCAAUUAGUUAAGGUUUUA